CACGCUUUCGUCUUUUUGGAAACGGAAAGAAAGAAGCAUGGAGACAGGCGAUGGGAGUUUGUGCGCUUGAAUGUCACCGAUAGAUAGUGAAUACAACUCUGCGUUAUCUAACUUCCAUAUUCAAGUAUUUCAGUCACCACCAGAACGUUUGACAGAAUGCCUCGAGUGAAUCUCACGUGAGAUUCGCCUUUUGAUGGUAACAUUGGUAACAUUUCACAUGGACAGCUCUAGUUGUUAUAGCUUCUACCGAGAAUAGGGUCUACACAUAACCUUGCUAUCUAUCUACAUACAAUGGGCAGAGCCUAUCAGCUAUGUAACAUUGGUUGUGAUUUGCUUUGAAUCAUAAUGUUGCCAUGCUCUUGGGGAUUGUGGAGAAGCGCUAUUCACACCCUCAAGACAUUCAGCAGAGCAUCUCCAUCAGCGAGGGGCCUGUGUAUCCCGACCAGAGCGGUAUGUGAUGCUGAGACCAUCUUUGCCCUGUCGUCGGGCCACGGCAGGUGUGGUGUGGCGGUGGUCCGUGUCAGUGGUCCUGCCUCCUCCAUGGUUCUGAGAAACAUGGCAGGUCUGAACAAGCCUCUACCCCCUCCCCGUACCGCCCUGCUACGGAGGAUCACUGACCCCCAGUCCAAAGAGCUGCUGGACCGAGGACUGGUCCUCUGGUUCAAAGGUCCCCACAGCUUCACAGGGGAAGACAGUGCAGAGUUUCAUAUUCACGGAGGUCCUGCAGUCAUCACAGCUGUCUUACAAGCCCUAGGAAGCCUGGAGGGUGUGAGGCCUGCGGAGGCAGGGGAGUUCACGCGGAGGGCCUCACGCGGGAAACUGGGCUUGACGGAGGUGGAGGGCCUGGGGGACCUGAUCCACGCUGAGACUGAGGCCCAGAGGAGGCAGGCCCUCAGGCAGAUGGAUGGGGAGCUGGGCCGCCUCUACCAGGACUGGAGUUACAGGCUCAAACGGUGUUUGGCUCACGUGGAAGCCUUCAUAGACUUCAGUGAAGAUGAGCUCAUCGAGGACGGGGUGUUAAAUCAAGUGGACAGUUCAGUGCGCCAGCUGGAGACAGAGAUAGAGAGACACCUAAAGGACGAGAGGAGAGGAGAGCGGCUGCGCACCGGAGUACAGGUGGUGAUAGCAGGAGCUACCAAUGCUGGGAAGAGCAGUCUGCUCAACACGCUCUGCCAGCGUCCAGCAGCCAUCGUGUCCCCCAUCGCGGGCACCACCAGGGACAUUGUGGAAACCUCUCUGGACAUUGGGGGCUUCCCUGUCCUCCUGAGUGACACCGCAGGGCUCAGAGACUCCUCGGACAGCGUGGAGAGAGAGGGGGUCCGUAGAGCCCGCCAGAGGGUGGAGCAGGCUGAUCUGACCCUAGUAGUGGUGGACUCCACCCAGCUACCCCCAGACCCUCAUCUAGUAGCAGCCUUCCUCCAGGAGCACCUCAGCACUGUGCUGCCCAGCCCUGAGGCCGGCAUGGCGGCUGCCUCAGACAGGGUCCUGCUGGUGCUCAACAAGAGUGAUCUGGUACCUGAGGGGCAGAGGGAAAGAACAGAGGGAGAGCUGAGAGAGAGACCGGGUCUCCCUCCUGCAUGUUUUCUGUCCUGCUCUACCAGUACAGGCCUGGAGGAUUUUCUCACUGUGCUGCAGAGCAGGGUCAAGACUCUGUGUGGCGACCCUCUGAGCGGAGCUCCCAGUCUGACCCAGGCCCGUCACAGAGCCCACCUCCAGCAGAGUGUCCAGGCCCUGAACCAGUACCACCAGUACAGAGACCAAGACCUGGCCCUGGCCGCAGAGGGGGUCCGCCUCGCCCUCACCCACCUGGGACGCAUUACAGGACGGGUCGGAGCCGAGGAGAUCCUGGACAUCAUAUUCAGAGACUUCUGUAUAGGGAAAUAAAUGGUUGAACGUGGAUACAUCUCAUGCAGAAAGGACACUAGAUCACGUGACUCUCACACGAGAUCACAUGACUCUCACACGAGAUCACAUGACUCUCACACUAGAUCACGUGACUCUCACACUAGAUCACAUGACUCUCACACUAGAUCACGUGACUCUCACACUAGAUCACGUGACUCUCACACUAGAUCACGUGACAGGGUGGAACACUAACACAGACUUUAAGUGUAGUUAUUCUAGCAAUAUACCAAAAUGUAACUAGUGUAUUUCAUUGUUUGUCCUGAUCAUUUGAACUGGUGGAUCUCAACUCUUGCCAGACUGAAGAAGUGUAAACAUCUUAGCAGAUCAUCUGUGACUCUCUACUGAGUCACUGUUUGAGUCAUCAUCGCUCUGUGUUCUGUGGGAAAUAAACGGUUUGGUAGGCGAUCAUCUCUGUGUUCUGUGGGAAAAAGACGGUUUGGUAGGCGAUCAUCUCUGUUCUGUGGGAAAGAGACAGUUUGGUAGGCGAUCAUCGCUGUUCUAUGGGAAAGAGACAGUUUGGUAGGCAAUCAUCUCUUCUAUGGGAAAGAGACAGUUUGGUAGGCGAUCAUCUCUGUUCUAUGGGAAAGAGACAGUUUGGUAGGCGAUCAUCUCUAUUCUAUGGGAAAGAGACUGUUUGGUAGGCGAUCAUCUCUGUUCUGUCGGAAAGAGACAGUUUGGUAGGCGAUCAUCUCUGUUCUAUGGGAAAGAGACAGUUUGGUAGGCGAUCAUCUCUGUUCUAUGGGAAAGAGACAGUUUGGUAGGCGAUCAUCUCUGUUCUAUGGGAAAGAGACUGUUUGGUAGGCGAUCAUCUCUGUUUUGUUGGAAAGAGACCGUUUGGUAGAUGAUCAUCUCUGUUCUAUGGGAAAGAGACAGUUUGGUAGGCGAUCAUCUCUGUUCUGUGGGAAAGAGACAGUUUGGUAGGCGAUCAUCUCUGUUCUAUGGGAAAGAGACAGUUUGGUAGGCGAUCAUCUCUGUUCUGUCGGAAAGAGACAGUUUGGUAGGCGAUCAUCUCUGUUCUAUGGGAAAGAGACAGUUUGGUAGGCGAUCAUCUCUGUUCUAUGGGAAAGAGACAGUUUGGUAGGCGAUCAUCUCUGUUCUGUCGGAAAGAGACAGUUUGGUAGGCGAUCAUCUCUGUUCUAUGGGAAAGAGACAGUUUGGUAGGCGAUCAUCUCUGUUCUGUGGGAAAGAGACAGUUUGGUAGGCGAUCAUCUCUGUUCUGUGGGAAAGAGACAGUUUGGUAGGCGAUCAUCUCUGUUCUAUGGGAAAGGGACAGUUUGGUAGGCGAUCAUCUCUGUUCUGUGGGAAAGAGACAGUUUGGUAGGCGAUCAUCUCUGUUCUGUGGGAAAGAGACAGUUUGGUAGGCGAUCAUCUCUGCGCCCUUUGUUCCCUCUCUCCAUCUGGCCUUGAUUAAAUAUUUACGUUUCCUCGCUGAACUCCUCA